UUUAAUAGAUUUAGAAUAGAGUUUGAAUGCUUUUCCUUGAUAUUUUGACUAACAUUCACACAAUCCAUUGAAAGCGUUGUCUCCCACACAUUUUCAGAUGAGACACAUCUCUUUCACAUCUCUACUGUAUGAAGCAGGCAGACUGUAACAGGAUUCAUUUCAAGAUAGCUUUGUCACAUCCUAUUUCAUCCACUACAUCUGCAGUUAGCACGAAGCUCCAACAAUGGUUACACAGGAUACAGGAGCCACAAAAACAGCCUGGCAGAUGCAAAACCCUCAUGACGUCAGUUUCCCGUGCACAACUCUACUAUUUUGAAUAUGUUUUAUAGUUUCCCAUCAAAGGUACUACGCUCUGGCUAUAAAAAGGUGCCUUCAUCUAAGUAGGAAACUUUUAAAAUGGUUUCCUUGUAUUUCAACAGCCCCUAAAUAGUAAAACACUUUAUUGCACUGACAUUUCAAGUCUUCCAUUAAUCUUUUGUAAAUGAAUGGGUGUGCUAUUGUACAUUAUUGUGGUCUUCAUUUCUGUGGUUACAAUUAAAAUAGUUGUCCUCUUAUUAUUUUAUGUGAAAGUAUUGGCUUAAAGUGCAUAGGAAGGGUUAGACUACACAUUUUUUAAACCUAGCACUUAAUCUCCCACCAAACCAAGGAAUAAUUAGAAAAAACACAAAAACAUGCCAUAUGCACUUCAAGUAUCACCAUCACAGACAUGAGGCAAUUUUGAGUCAAUAAUAUCACAAUAAUUAUUUAAAUUGUGCAGUAUAAAUUAAUAUAUUAGAAUUAAUUGUUAAUGUUGUGAAUGUUAACUAUUAUAGAAUUGUACUUUGUUGUAAGUUUGGUGGUUGAAAGGCAAUUGUCUUGAUUAUCAAAAUUGUCCAAAUGUACCAUAAAUUAUUAUUUAAACAGUGUUAUUGUUUAUUUUCCCAUCCCUAUCUACCAAAAUGAAUUUUUCGAGGGAAUUCAUAUGACCAAAAUAAUUACCUGUCCUGGCUGAACACUAAAUUAAUAUUGGUUUCUUCACAGGUCCUGAAUGCACAGAAAGCAGGAUACAAAGCAGCGAUUGUUCACAAUGUAGACUCCGAUGACCUGAUCAGCAUGGGAUCCAAUGAUUUGGAUAUCAUGAAGCAGAUAGACAUCCCAUCUGUUUUUGUGAGUGAAGAAGCUGCCAACUCCCUCAAAGAAGACUACACAUUUGAAAAGGGCGGUCACGUGGUCCUGCUGCCAGACUUCAGCCUGCCCCUUGAGUACUACUUGAUUCCUUUCCUCAUCAUUGUAGGAAUCUGCCUCAUCCUCAUCGUUGUCUUUAUGAUUACAAAGUUUGUCCAGGAUCGGCGGAGAGCUCGGAGAAGUCGUCUACGCAAGGAUCAAUUAAAGAAACUUCCCAUUCACAAAUACAAGAAAGGGGACAGCUAUGAUGUGUGUGCCAUCUGUCUGGACGAGUAUGAAGAGGGAGACAAACUCAGAGUGCUGCCUUGUUCCCAUGCCUAUCACAGUAAAUGUGUGGACCCCUGGCUGACCAAAACAAAGAAAACCUGUCCCGUGUGCAAGCAGAAGGUGGUCCCGUCCCAGGACGACUCGGACUCGGACUCGGAGGGGGACAGCGGUGCAGAUGAGAAUGAGGAAGUGUCUGAGAGCACACCUCUGUUGCGCUCUCUGGCCUCAACCAGCGCACACUCCUUUGGCACGAUCUCUGCUGCGUCCCGCUCGGAGCAGGACCAAGAGUCGUCAGAGUAUGACGAGGAGGAGCUGGACAGCAGCGACAGUGAGCAAGAAGUGACUGUGGAGACUGUGGUGGUGCAGAUGCAGCGGGCCUGUUCUGAGGACCACGACCUGCCCAGAGCCUGAUCUGGGCCGAACUGUCUGCCUGUUUCAGCUUUACACAAAAGACUUUGGGGGGCUUCACAUGGUGGUGGUCUCCCACACUUUAGUGUAUCAUGUUGAUUGUGGAAUUGGUGCUGAUGAGAUGUCAGUGGUGUACUCUGUACAGUAGCAGGUCAGUACUGUAUGCUAAUCCAGGGGCAGAAGCUUCAGUUUCUACAAAGUGAUUUCUGUACUGUGUAUAUAUGAAAUGUCUAAAUCAAGUUGUUUGAUUAUGUUCUUAAAUGCCAUAAGGACACUGUAAAUACAUUUAGUUAACACUAUGCAGAAUUAUUUGGGAAAUUCAGCUCAUAUAAACAUAAGACCACUGUAAAUCGUUAUGCCAACUCACCUGUUUAUUUAGAGCACUGCUCCAGUCUCAUGUGCCACAGGUUUACAGCUAAAGAGCCUAAGCAGCUCAUGUACAGUCACCUUCACGUUUGGGACCCUCUACAGCGAUUUGUGAAAACUGUCAGCGAUGAUGGUGGUAAAAUAUUUGGUUGCUCAAACCAAUCACCCAAUGUUGAUUUAUAGGCCUUAUAACACAUUAAGAUUGUUUUAUACAGAUUGUAUCUCUUGAUUUACUCAUGUUAAACCCUGUUGCCUUUGUUUUUUUUUCCAAUCAUGUAAUCUACAUCAAUAAAAGAUUUAACCCAUCUAA